AAGCAAUUUAAAAAGGAGAUCAAAGAAACCAAGAGUGAGUGACUCAGAACAGCAGAAGUAGCAGUAGAAAAAUACAGGAGAGAGAAAUAGGACAAACUCCAAUAUUUAUGCAUCAUCAAUUCAUCAUCUGUAAAGAAAAUUAACAAAAAAAACAAGAAGCAGUAGCAGCAAUGGAUAUGGAUUCCUGGGCAUCAAAGAUUCAUUCUUCUAAGCACUUUUCUUCUCAUCUCAGCUCAGGAAAUCGAUUAGUGUUGGAUGAUUCAGAAGUAAAAGAUGAUGCAAGGACUUAUUUCACUUGUCCAUUCUGCUAUGUCGAUAUCGAGCUGUCUGCACUUUGUGAUCAUCUACAAGGAGAACACUGCUUUGAUGUCAAAAACGCCGUUUGUCCAGUUUGUGCACUAAAUUUGGGCAAAGAUGUUGUCGGGCAUUUCAAGACGCAUCAUAUGAACUCAAUCAAGACUCGGAGAAGGUCUCAUAAGUCAGGAUUCUGGAACUUCUAUGCUGGAAGAAUGAUCGGUGGCAUGAGUGCUAAAAAUGGCAUGGAAAAUGUGAAUGCCUUAUCACCUGAUCCACUUCUCUCCCCUUUUUUGUUUAGCGCACCAUAUUCGGAAAUUAAGGAUGAUCAAUCUCAAGAUUUGUGUUCCGUUGAUGAUCUCCCAUCCAUUCCAGAGAAAGAAAGCUCAAAAUCAUCAAAGUUGAAAGAAAGCAAAGAAAAGGAAGACUCUGAAGAACUAAGGCAGAGAGCUGCAUUCUGUCAACAGUUAUUUUUCUCAACCAUAGUCUAAAAAAAUCCCUCCUUGAAAGUCACACUGCUCAAAUAUGAGUAUAUCUUCCUGUUAAGUUAUGGUAAGAGAUGUAGCACGUGUUUUCAGUUGCGCGAUUAUCUUCCCAUUUCCAUCACCAAGGUCUAGCAAAUUUCCACAGAAAUUAAAAGUAUUUAUGUUAUAAAAGGCAAUGUAUAGGAUAGGUAUGGUAAAUUAUCCAAGUGUUAGUCUGUUUAGUGUAGUGAAGAUGAGCUUUAUUUUGCACUUAUGUAGGAAAACAUUAUUCUCCCCGUUUUAAUGCUACGGAGUAAUAUUAUAUAUAUAUAACAUUGCCUCUGGGAAAUAAUUGUUUGAUUAGAA